GGCGCCGCCGCCUUCUUCCCCGCCCCUCGUCUACACCCCCAGCCACCGCCGCCUCCCGCCGGCCCUGCCCAGCCGUCGUCCCCGCGCCUUUCCUCUCUCCUCGUCCACCCCACCUGCUCUCUCAUCGGCGUCAUGUCCGGCCCCACCCCGACUCCGACUCCGACCCCGACCCCGACCCCGCUCCCGCCGCCGCCGGCCGCUCGGCCCGCGCGGUACGACUUCCUCAACUCCAAGCCGCCCCCCAACUACGUCGCGGGUCUCGGCCGUGGCGCCACCGGGUUCACCACUCGCUCGGAUAUCGGGCCGGCCCGCGCGGCGCCCGACCUCCCCGACCGCUCCGCCUCCGCUGCCGCGGCCCCAGCCGUCGGCCGCGGCCGCGGGAAGCCGCCAGGCGAGGACGACGGCGACGAUGACGGCGGCGACGAGGAGAAGGGGUAUGACGAGAACCAGAAGUUCGACGAGUUCGAGGGCAACGACGCCGGGCUCUUCUCCAACGCCGACUACGACGACGACGACCGCGAGGCGGAUGCAGUGUGGGAGAGCAUCGACCAGAGGAUGGACUCGCGCCGCAAGGACCGCCGCGAGGCGCGGCUGAAGCAGGAGAUUGAGAAGUACCGCGCGUCGAACCCCAAGAUCACCGAGCAGUUUGCUGAUCUGAAGAGGAAGCUGGCCGAUCUGUCUGCGCAGGAGUGGGAGAGCAUACCGGAGAUUGGGGACUAUUCGCUGCGCAACAAGAAGAAGCGGUUCGAGAGUUUUGUACCAGUGCCGGACACCCUUCUUGAGAAGGCCCGGCAGGAGCAGGAGCAUGUCACGGCGCUUGAUCCCAAAAGCCGUGCAGCUGGUGGCACAGAGACGCCGUGGGCGCAGACUCCUGUUACCGAUCUUACAGCUGUGGGCGAGGGUCGUGGCACUGUGCUUUCGCUGAAGUUGGAUAGGCUGUCGGAUUCAGUUUCUGGGCUCACUGUUGUUGAUCCGAAGGGGUACUUGACAGACCUGAAAAGCAUGAAGAUUACUAGUGAUGCGGAGAUUUCUGACAUCAAGAAGGCACGACUCCUGCUGAAGUCAGUGACUCAGACGAACCCUAAGCACCCACCUGGUUGGAUUGCUGCUGCUAGGCUUGAAGAGAUUGCAGGCAAGCUUCAGGCUGCGCGGCAGCUCAUCCAGCGUGGCUGUGAGGAGUGUCCCAAAAACGAAGAUGUUUGGCUUGAGGCAUGCCGUUUGGCUAGUCCAGAUGAGGCAAAGGCUGUCAUUGCCAGGGGUGUUAUGUCAAUUCCAAAUUCUGUGAAGCUGUGGUUGCAGGCUGCAAAAUUAGAGACCAGUGAUCUGAAUAAGAGCAGGGUGUUGAGGAAAGGAUUGGAGCACAUUCCUGAUUCUGUGCGGUUGUGGAAGGCUGUAGUUGAGCUUGCGAAUGAGGAGGAUGCAAGGUUGCUUCUUCACAGGGCUGUGGAGUGUUGCCCGCUGCAUGUUGAGCUGUGGCUUGCCCUUGCGAGGCUGGAGACGUAUGACCAAGCAAGGAAGGUACUUAACAAGGCAAGGGAGAAGCUGCCCAAGGAGCCUGCCAUUUGGAUUACUGCUGCGAAGCUGGAGGAGGCUAAUGGGAACACACAAUCAGUUAGCAAGGUGAUUGAGAGAGGUAUCAGAUCUCUACAAAGAGAAGGAAUGGAUAUCGAUAGGGAGGCAUGGCUUAAAGAAGCAGAAGCUGCAGAGCGUGCUGGAUCUGUUUUGACUUGCCAGGCUAUUGUGAAGAACACAAUUGGCAUUGGUGUUGAUGAUGAGGAUCGGAAGCGUACUUGGGUUGCUGAUGCUGAGGAAUGCAAGAAGCGUGGUUCAAUUGAAACAGCGCGUGCCAUCUAUGCUCAUGCGCUCACUGUUUUCCUUACUAAGAAGAGUAUUUGGCUGAAAGCAGCUCAGCUUGAGAAGAGCCAUGGGACUAGGGAGUCACUUGAUGCGCUCCUCAAGAAGGCUGUGAACUACAAUCCACGAGCUGAAGUGUUAUGGCUUAUGGCUGCAAAGGAGAAAUGGUUGGCUGGGGAUGUGCCUGCUGCUCGAGCCAUUCUUCAAGAAGCUUAUGCUGCUAUUCCUAACUCAGAAGAGAUUUGGUUGGCUGCAUUCAAGCUUGAGUUUGAGAACAACGAACCAGAGAGAGCAAGAAUGCUAUUGGCUAAGGCUAGGGAAAGAGGAGGCACUGAGAGGGUUUGGAUGAAAUCUGCCAUUGUUGAAAGGGAGCUAGGGAAUGUGACUGAGGAAAGGAGGUUGUUAGAGGAAGGUCUGAAGCUAUUCCCCUCAUUCUUCAAAUUGUGGUUAAUGCUUGGACAGAUGGAAGACCGCCUUGGUCGUGGAGCAAAGGCCAAGGAGGUUUAUGAGAAUGGCCUGAAGCACUGCCCUAGUUGCAUCCCUCUUUGGCUCUCUCUAGCCAGCUUAGAGGAGAAGAUUAGUGGCUUGAGCAAAUCCCGUGCUGUUCUCACAAUGGCAAGAAAGAAGAACCCAGCUACACCUGAACUCUGGCUUGCAGCAAUUCGAGCUGAACUUAGGCAUGCGAACAAAAAGGAAGCCGAUGCUCUGCUGGCUAAGGCAUUACAAGAGUGCCCAACAAGUGGUAUUCUGUGGGCUGCCUCUAUUGAGAUGGCGUCACGGCCCCAACGUAAAGGGAAGAGUUCAGAUGCUAUCAAGCGUUGUGAUCAUGAUCCGCAUGUCAUUGCAACUGUAUCCAAACUCUUCUGGCUUGACAGGAAGGUUGAUAAAGCUAGGACUUGGUUGAACAGGGCUGUUACUCUUGCUCCUGAUAUUGGGGAUUUUUGGGCAUUGUACUAUAAAUUUGAACUUCAGCAUGGAAAUGCAGACACCCAAAAGGAUGUCCUGAAAAGAUGUGUUGCAGCAGAACCAAAACAUGGUGAAAAAUGGCAAGCGAUAAGCAAGGCUGUUGAGAACUCACACCAGCCAGUUGAGGCUCUUCUGAAGAAAGCUGUCGUAGCUCUUGAUGCAGAUGAAAUUCUCAAUGCUGCAGGCGCCUAGACUCCAAGAUCAUAUAUAUAUUUUUGUAAGAUCUAUACCUUAGAUACCUUCUACUGGAGGAACAGAUAGAAGAAAGAGCUGCGCAGUGAGCUGGGUUGGACUCCAGUGAUCAGCUUCUGUUGGUAGUGUCAGCUACCGAACUAUAUAUUUGUGCAGCACGUUUGAGAGUGGAAGCUUAGGUAGCGAAACAUACGACCAAUUUGCUUGUUAGAAGAUGUUGUGUCAACCUCAAUUGCACGCUCCAACUUAGGCAUGUGACAGUGUGCAUGUAUUGAAAAACUAUGCGUUGGCGGAGAUAUGUACUAGAAAUCAUUUGAACUUAGUGUAUACGAGCAACUUUAUUUUCACACA